UGCUCUCCUAUGCAUGACGCAAAUAGUAAGGGAUCAGCGGUAAACGAGGCCACGCAUUGUCUGCCCCCCGCCCUCCCUCUGCUUGUCAGGGAGCAAGCUGAUUGGCCGAGGCCUAGCAAAGAGUGGCCGGGAAUCCAAAAACUGCAGGCCGCACUUAGCUUACCGUCAAAAAUAAACCAAAACAAUAACAGACAAAUUCGCCAAGGGGGAGACACACCGAUAGAGUCUGAAGACGAAGCUAUCAGGGUGAUUGUCUUGAUGGAACAAGGCACUACAGCUACCCGGUUGGUUUUAUUGUAAAGGUGUUGUAACUAAAUGUGAAGUUUUUUUACGAAGUGAAGACAUGGAUCAAGGAGGAGGAGUAUUGGAGCUACACACCCAGGAGCUGAAGAUGCCCCAUGCUAUGAUCAUGCAAGACUUUGUUGCAGGCAUGGGAGGCUUAGCUCACAUCGAUGGAGAGCACAUUGUGGUGUCGGUGCCCGAGGGCAUGCUUCUGUCCGAUGUGAUGACGGACGAGGGCAUCCUCCUCGAGCAUGAGUUGGAGGUUGAAGGCCUGGAAACCGAAGUGGUUGAAGGACUGGAGACCGAGGUGGUGGAGGGCCUGCAUGCAGACGUGGAGGGCUUGGAGGCAGAAGUCGUUGACGGCGUACAGACACACGUGGUGGAGUUGGAAGCUCAGGUUGUUGAGGACCUGGAAGGCGAGGUCGAAGUCGAGGGUCUCGUGGCGCAAGUGGUCGAAGGCCUGGAGGCCGAGGUGGACGUCGAGGCUCUGGAAGCUCAUGUCGUCGAAGGCCUGGAGGAAGAAGUGGAAGUGCACGGUUUAGAAGCAGAGGGUGUGGAAGGAUUGGAGGUGGAUGUGGAAAGUCUGCAGGCUCAGGCUGUAGAGGCUCAUGAAAUGACGAGCGAAGACAUGGUCUCCCCAGGACACAGUGUGAUCAUGCCUGACAAUAUACUGGGGACAGAGGUCGCUAUGGAGGAAGCGCUGGACGCCCAUCACCACCACCACCACGUUCUUACAGCGGACCUCAUCCAGGACUCUAACCAUCACCACCACCACCAUCACCACCAUCAUCACCACGAUGACAUGCAAGACCAGGUGUUUGUGGCAGAGCUGCUGUCUGAGGACCAGGCGAGCACACUGGAUCACCAGCUGGUGUCAGAAGGGUUGAUGGUGGCGGAGGCAAACACCGAGACCAUAAUCCAUCAACAGCUGCCCACAGAGGAGGUUCCCCUGCAGACAGACGAGGACGACGAUGCACAAAGCAGCUCCGAGGAUUACCUCAUGAUCUCCCUUGAUGAGGUGGGAGAGAAGCUAGACAUAGGAGACACGCCUCUGGAGAUCAGCACAGAAGUCAUGGAAGACAAGGAAAUCAAAGAAGAGGAAGACUCGGAGGUCAUAAAAGUCUACAUUUUUAAAGCUGAAGCAGAUGAUGAUUUAGGUGGAACAGAGGUGAUAACAGAAGAUGAUUACCAGAACGGCCACCCCGACCUGGAAGCCGCGUCGUCCGGCCGAUUGGGAGUUGGUCGUGACAAAAUGGUCUAUAUGGCAGUCAAGAACACUAUAAAGGAAGAAGAGGAGGAGGAUGACGACGAGGAUGAUGAUGAAGACGACAACGAUGACGACCAGAGUGAUGACGAUGAUAGUGAUGAAAUUGGUAAUACCAUAGAUCAGGUGAAGAAUGGAGUCGCAACGCCUUUUUUGCAAAUCCGAGAGGGAAUGGGCCCAAACCGUGCUCUUAAACCGAAACCCAAGAAGAACAAAAAAGGAGACACGCGGCAGUGUCAGACUGCUGUUAUUAUUGGACCAGACGGGAUGCCUCUGACCGUCUACCCUUGCCACAUCUGUGCAAAGAAGUUUCGAUCGCGGGGCUUCCUCAAAUGCCACAUGAAAAACCACCCCGACCAUCUGCUCAAGAAGAAGUACCAGUGCACUGACUGUGACUUUACCACCAACAAGAAGGUCAGCUUCCACAAUCACCUGGAGAGCCACAAGCUUCUGAGCCACAACACCGAGCGAUCCCCGGAAUACACCGAGUACACGAGACGCUAUCACGAGUCCAGCCCGCUGGGCUCCGACAAGCUCAUCGUCAAGGACAGAGAGCCCAAACUCCAUCAUUGCAAAUACUGCGACUACGAGACGGCCGAGCAGGGGCUGCUCAACCGGCACUUGCUGGCGGUCCACAGCAAGAACUUUGCACACGUGUGCGUCGAGUGCGCCAAAGGCUUCCGCCACCCGUCGGAGCUCAAGAAGCACAUGCGGACCCACACGGGGGAGAAGCCCUACCAGUGUCCGCACUGCGAGUUCCGCUGCGCAGACCAGUCCAACCUUAAGACUCACAUCAAGAGCAAGCACGGCGCCGACCUGCCCUUUAAGUGCAGCCACUGCCCCCAGGCCUACGCCGACGCACGGGAACUGCAGCGUCACAUAGAGAUGGUGCAGGGCCACAAGACCCACCAGUGUCCACACUGUGACCACAAGAGCACCAACUCCAGUGACCUUAAACGCCACAUAAUCUCAGUUCACACCAAGGACUUCCCGCACCAGUGCGACGUGUGCGAGAAAGGCUUCCACCGGCCGUCGGAGCUGAAGAAGCACGCCGAGACGCACAAAGGCAACAAGGUGCACCAGUGUCGGCACUGCAACUUCAACGCGCCCGACACGUUCACCCUGAGCCGCCACAUCCUGUCCCUGCACACGAAGGACCUGCCCUUCAAGUGCAAGCGCUGCCGGCGAGGCUUCCGGCAGCCGGCGGAGCUGAAGAAGCACAUGAAGACGCACAGCGGCAGGAAGGUCUAUCAGUGCCAGUACUGCGAGUACAACAGUACGGACGCUUCGGGCUUCAAGCGCCACGUCAUCUCCAUUCACACCAAGGACUACCCCCAUCGCUGCGACUACUGCACCAAGGGCUUCAGGAGGCCUUCAGAGAAGAGCCAGCACAUAGCCAGGCACCACAAAGACAUGCUGAUGUAACGUCAUCGCGUUCACACACACACACACACACACACUCCUCUCUCAAGUCACUCUGUGUCUCUCAUCCACAGGUAAUUUUAGUGUAUUAACAAAGAGCUGACUGAUGCAGGCAGUUGAUGGUAUAGUAAUUGCUGUUUUUGUGUCGUAUUGGAUUGAAACCUCCUCUCCGCGGGAGGCACACACACACACACACACAAAAGAACAUUUUAUAUUGAGUGAAGUCUGAAAAAGGACAGUGUAUAAUCUAAGUGGGACGGCUGUAAAUUGUCUUUCGUUGCAGAAAAUCGCAUAUGAACAUAUAUUCAGGGUUUCAAAUGUCUAUAUUUUUUAUACCCACUCAGCUGAGAUGCUGCAAGAUGAUGAUUCUGUCAGUGCUUUCGUGAUCGUGACGCUAGUUGUUCAGACGGGGCAGGAAAGGUUCGCCUCCAACAGCACAGACUAGUACACUCAAUAGCCAGCUUUGACCCUGACAUUUCUGCUCCGUGUUGGCGCCAUCCUAAACGGACAGGGCCAUCCACGACGACAAACUGGGUUUACCUGUCAUAAUGCAUCUUUUUAAAUGUGUUUUUUUUUUUUUUUUUUUUUACCCGUUUAAUAGCGCAACUUUCCUCAUCUUGGAGUUUUCCUCUCAAGCUUUUUACACUCGAUGAUCCGUUAAAAAUGAUUUUUGUACUAACAGCACCAAUUAUGCUUUGUCGAACACAUUCAUCAGAAAUAUUUUGGGCCAGUUUGUUUAGCAAGAGAAAAAAAAAAGAGAUUUUUUUUAUUAUUAUUAUUAUUAUUGUUUAUUUUUUUUUUAAUGUGCACAUUACGGAUACGGAAACCCGACCAUCUGUCUGCUGAUCCCGAUCGUUCACCGGUGUCGUUGUUCUUCUGAAACGCGUGCAGAUGGCAGGCUUCACGUUUCGGUAACCCCUGGACUGUAUCUGACUGCCACCGUAAGUUGCGCACACACGCAACGCUGCCUGUGACACAGAUCCGCUCUCCUUGCUACCCGUCUGAUUCCGGUCAUGCCUUACAUCUGUUGUUCUUUAUCCCCCCCCCCCCCCUAAGCACUGAUGAACACAGCUAAUCAGAAAACACGAUUCUUAACUCUCAAACAUGCUGUCUCAAUGCCAUUCUCUCAGAGUUUAAGUCAGUAGAAAGCACUUUAAUAUUAUUAUUAUUAUUUUUUUUUUGUAAUUUUAAUUACAUGUAUGGGAGUUAAUUAUCAAAAGAUAUAUCUGUAUAUAUAAAGAUAUAUCUGUAGGAAGAAAAAAAAACACCAUUCUUCAGGUGAAGAAGACUGUUGGGUGUUAACGUUUUUUAACACUUGAGCACGAUCCGUUGCUUUCUCAAAACUGUCUUGAAGGCCGUGGGUGAAAACGUUUGUUUUGUUCUAUGGAUAAGUGACUGGGUUUUGUGUUUUUGUUUGUGCUCACUAACAGGUUUUUUUUUUUCCCACACACUAGUCCUACAGUCCUAAAUAACUCAACCCAAUCUCAAGCGUGGGAUUAUUACCUUGGAAGUCAAUGGUCAUUAUAUUGGCAUUAGUCUUUAAAGUAUGCACAUAUGCUGUUCAUGCAAAUUAAUUGUGGUAUACAUUAAAAACGAGAAAAAAAAAAUCCCCACAUUUCGUGUAUCUUAGUCUAUAUUUUUCUUUUGAGUCUGAUUGUGGAUAAACUACUGGUGGGGACAAAAAAUGAAAUAAACAGCUAUCUUUUUAACUUUU